AUGUCAAUUGCCACCACCCCUAUAGAAACACCUAAAAGUCCUAAAAGUACAGAACCCCAAGUUCGGAAAAGAAAAAAAGUCAGUACAGUAUGCACAAAUUGUCGAAAAAGAAAGAUAAGAUGUGAUCGUCAACAUCCUUGUAAUAAUUGUAUCAAAAGCAAAAAACACAAUGCCUGUGUUUACGAUGAUGGACAAGUUAGUCCUGCAAAUUUCCUGACCAAUGGAUCAUCACACGGAAACACUGUCCCAGAAUCACGUCCAUAUGAAGAAAGUGCAAGAAUCCCAAUUCGGUUUGAUGCCGAAGCUCCUCGAAAGAAACUGAAGCCGAAUACACCAAAUAAUGAACGUAAAAAUUCAAAGAAAUCACCAGACAAUACUGUUGCCAAUAAUCAACAAACAGCUUCUGAAAAUGAAGUCACUAUUACGUUGAGUGAAUUGAAUAUGUUGAAACAAAGACUACAAAAUAUAGAAGCUAAUAUCAAUGCUCAAUCCAACCCUCAAUCCAACCCUCUGUAUGUUCCACAAACUCCGGCUUAUCCUACUCAACCAAACAUUUUACCUCCACCAGUCCUGUUCAAUUCCUGGAGUCCUAAGCAAAGUAAUGAAAGGGUCAUGUUUAGUCCUCAACAGAGAUUGACUACCAAUUACAAUGUGUCCCACACACGAGGGCAAUCUCCUUCAAUUCAACUACCUCCACUUUCUUUUAAAGACACACCCAGGGCUAGUAUAGACUCAGCUCCCUUAUAUAGUGAAAUGUCACCGCCACGAAGUGACUUGAUUGCUUCAAGUUUGACUUCCCCGGAAUCGAUCCAAAUGUCUGUUUCUGGAGAUGUCGUCGGGGUUAACCCAUAUUUGAACGAGACAGAGACUAUCAAUUUUUAUGAUGGAUACACAUCUAUCUGUGUCAGAGACUUUAGAAGAGUGAAUCAUGGACCGUUUGCAUGGUCUUCAUUAAUGAGAAAAGAUAAAGCCUUGAGUUCAUUAUGGAAUCAUAUACUUAAGAAAAAGGAAAAAAAGAAUGUAGCUUCACAAACGUUUGUUUUCGGUCAAGAUGUUCAUGAAAUAUCACAAGAAAAUACUCAAUUAGUAGCUAGCGAAUCAAAUGAAUCCGAAACAAAAUUUAAAAAGAAGACUUUGGAAACUUUUGGUUUCAAUGAUGUUGUUCCCUAUGACAUAUUGAAAAAGAAACUUCAAACUCAAAUUAACAAAACAACACUGCCUUUAGGGUUGACUUUAUAUGAGGAACAAGUCAACAUGGAGUUGCAAUUGGUCGAUAGAAUUCAUCAACAAUUACCGAAAAAGAAAGUUUUAUGGAAAUUGAUUGAUAGGUUUUUCAGUUUACUUUAUCCAUUUAUGCCAUUUUUAGAUGAAAUUGAUUUCAGAGAAAGUGUUACAAAAAUCAUUGGUGAAACGGAAUACAAGGAUGAAAAAAUAAAGGAGUUAAAAGUAGAAAAACGAUUAGAUUUGGCCGUGAUUGGUGUUUUACUUAUUAUACUUCGAAUGAGUUAUUUAUCCUUGUUUUGCAAUAAAGAAAGUGUAAAUGAAAUGAGAUUGAAAACCACUGAUCCAUCCCCUGAAGCACAAGACAUGAAAUAUUUACUUCAAAACCCAAUAGGUAUAUCAUUAAUAGAUUCAGCUCAAAAUUGUCUACAGUAUUUUGAUAUUUUCAGAAAAACUUCCAUGCCUGUUUUGCAAUGUGCUUAUUUUCUUCAACUUUAUCACAUAUUUGCACCUGAAGAUGGAGACGAUGGAGACGGUGCAGACACUUAUGCACUCAACUCUAUGGUUGUCAGAAUGGCUUAUUCUAUGGGUCUAAAUAGAGAACCAGAUAAUUUUAAGGAUGUUUUAAAUGACAAAAGACAAAACCAUUUAGGGAGAAAGAUAUGGCAUUUUUUGGUUAUUGGAGAUGUACAUAAUUCUUACGCUUUCGGAACUCCAAAAUUAAUUGGUGAUGAUUUUUAUGACACAAAAGUUCCAUUUAUAGAAGAAGGCAAUGAAAACUUGAUUGAUAAGAGUUUGGAUCAAUAUGUAACCAAACUGGUGUUUCCUGGGUAUUUUCUGAUUUACAACUCGGUAGAUCAAAUAUUGAAAUUGAUUCUUAGCGUAUCGAGACGACUGAAAGUUUCAGAGAUUUGUAAAAUAUUGAACCAAUUUGAGAUUGGUAUAGCUGAACAAUAUGGAACUUUGAGUGAUUGUUUAAAGCCAAAAGAGAAUUUAAUCCAUAUUUUUGCUCGUAAUAUGCCAGUGAAAAUGUAUAUUUCAUUGAAAUCAUUCUUGGUGUCAGUAUACUUUCAUUUGUUUUUGUAUUAUGAACACAAAAAUGAUUCAUUGUCAUUCUUUUAUUUGAGAAAAAUCCUCAAAACUGGAGCCGGCGAUAUAAUGCCACAUUAUUUCGAAUUAUUGGGCAAUAGUGAAGUUGUAUGUGACAUGGUGAUCAAUCCGAAAUUAAUUCAAAUUAUCCACAAAGCUAAUCAAAUUAAUAUUGCUCUUAUUAUUCGAGUGAAUAUGAGCAUUUACAGAAUGAAGAAUCUGCAACACCAUGCUGAAAAUUGUAAAAAAGAUGAUUUUUACUAUUCGUAUUACAAGGAAUUGUGCAAAUUUUCUUCUUGUUUGACAAGAUGUGCCGAAGUUGGAAUUGCAGCUGUAUCCAAAUUAAGUACUAGAUACUAUUAUGCGUGGAAGAUUACCAAGGGUCACAACUUUUUGUUGAAAACCAUUACCAGUAUGGAGUUUUAUGAAAAAGAGUCAACGAAUGCUCAAGAAAUUACAUUGCCAAAGUACAAGUUGGAACAAAUUGCUGAUUUGGAAAACAUUUGUGAAGUGGCAUUGAAUAAAUUGGGUAAAACGCUGGUUAUGGGUGAUGAGUUCUGCUCCAAUGUUAAUUACAAAAAGUAUAAAGGUGACCAAACAUAUUCAACUUCUUCUGAGUCCAGCUCUACACCUAAUAAGGAUUCUCCAUUAGACUCAAGAAAGUAUACCAAUGAUUUUGGCUUGGAUUUAGUAAAUAAUCAAGAGAUUGACAAAAUUUGGUUGCAAAUGUUAUCUUUGAAAAGUGAAGAAGCCCAACAGCAAAGGCAACAGGAACUGCAGCCGUUUACAAGUUCGCAGUCACAAUCUCAAUCGCCUUUAACACUGGCCAAUCAAGGUUACAUGCCACGACCAGAACUGAGGAGAGGCAGUUACUAUGGCAAUACACCUUUUGCUCUUGAGAACUUGAAUUUUGAUGGAUUUGGUGGACAAAGUAAAAGUUCUAACAAUGGAGAAGCUGAUCUUAGUUCAUUUGAUUUCUUUGUUGAUUUACCAUUUGAUCAACUUUUUACCAAUUAA